CACACACACGCGCGCACACACAUACACACACACAUCCAGCUUGCGUUACAACGUACCGGGCAUCAUCAUUCCCGCUGCUGGAGAAGCGGAGCGAACGUGCGCGCAAAAGCAGCAGCUGCACCUGACUGAUCGUGGACAUACCUCAGUUUUAUAUCACCAGUCUACAUUUAACUGUUGCCUUCGCUUCUUACUUGAACGAGGAAGAGAGAGAGAAAAGAAUUCCAGUGGGCUUUUUUAUUCCCUUCAAUUUUCGGAGAGGACUUUGGCAAGGAGCACCGUGCGUCUGGAGUGCUAAUACACUGACUGGUCUUGUUGGAUGUUGAUUGUUGGUCAGAGAGAAGAAGUGGCUGCCUUUUAGCCGCCUUUGGGACCAUCACUGGACAGCCGGUGUCGUGUCUGAAAGUGACCAAAGAAUCAGAGAAGGAGAAAGAGAAGAAAAGAAUGACUUUGUGAUGAACCUAAACGUGGGAAAUCAAAUCCAGUGAGGUCUCAUUCUGUCCCCAUCGACCUCUUUAAAGACCAAACCAUUCAGAGGACGCCCUUUGAAGGAUUCCUCCUGGACCUUGAUACUCACCGGAGGGGUGUGAACAGGAAGGUCCAGAGGAAGUGGACAGUUUGGCAGGAUGUGGGAGGGACUGAGAUUGCAGGUGUUCUUCUUGUGUUUAGGGGCCGCACUAUGGAGUGCUGCAGCGACAGCAACACACAGGGGCUCAGGUCCGCGGGAGCGUGGCCACCGGCGACAUCUUUCUUUGCACAGACACAGAGAGAGAGGCAAAGAGGGCCAGGUGCUUCACCGCUCCAAAAGAGGAUGGGUUUGGAACCAGUUCUUUGUCAUUGAGGAGUACACAGGCCCAGAUCCCGUCUUAGUAGGUCGACUUCAUUCGGAUGUAGAUUCAGGAGAUGGAAACAUUAAAUACAUCCUUUCAGGGGAAGGAGCAGGUACUAUAUUUGUCAUCGAUGACAAAACAGGCAACAUUCAUGCCACAAAGACUCUUGACAGAGAAGAGCAGGCUCAGUACACGCUGACCGCCCAGGCUGUGGCUCGAGACACCAACAAACCCCUAGAGCCUCCUUCAGAGUUCAUUGUCAAGGUGCAGGACAUCAACGACAAUCCUCCAGAGUUUCUUCACGGCCCUUACUAUGCGCGAGUGGCUGAGAUGUCCAAUGUUGGUACUUCAGUGAUAAAGGUCACAGCUACUGAUGCAGACGACCCCACAUACGGUAACAGCGCCAGACUGGUCUACAGCAUCCUGCAGGGCCAGCCUUAUUUUUCUGUGGAGCCGCAAACAGGAAUAAUUCGGACAGCUCUUCCCAACAUGGACAGGGAGGCCAGGCAGGAAUACGAUGUCGUCAUCCAGGCCAAGGACAUGGGUGGACACAUGGGCGGUCUGUCAGGAACCACUCAGGUUAAAAUAACCCUGACUGAUGUCAAUGACAACCCUCCAAAGUUCGCUCAGGGUGUUUACGCCAUGGCAGUCUCUGAGGACAAGGUUCCCGGUGAGGAGGUAGGCAGACUAAAGGCCAGAGAUCCGGAUCUGGCGGAGAACGGACUGGUGGAUUAUCGCAUCUUAGAGGGAGACGGCAUGAACUACUUUGAAAUCACCAAGGACUCAGAGACCCAGGAAGCAGUCGUCAAACUAAAGAAGCCUGUGGACUUUGAGACUAAGCGAUCGUACACACUCAAAGUAGAAGCCACCAACACACACGUGGACCCGCGUUUCAUCGCCUGGGGUCCAUACAAAGAUACAACCAUUGUGAAAAUAUCAGUAGAAGAUGCAGACGAGCCCCCGACAUUCAUGGCUCCCAGCUACAACUUCGAGGUGGAGGAAAACGCCCCAGCAGGCACUCUGGUCGGCCGUGUGCACGCUAAAGACACCGACAUGAUGAACAACCCCAUCAGAUAUAUGAUCCCACAAUACACAGACUUGGAAGAGUUUUUCACUAUUAAUCCUGAGGACGGCAUUAUUAAGACCACAAGGCCUUUAGAUCGGGAAGCACAGGCUUGGCACAACAUUUCUGUCAGCGCUACAGAGAUUGGUGGCCAUCAUCAAGAUGCCAAAGUACGAGUCAAUAUCAAAGUCAAAGAUGUGAAUGAUAACGCUCCAGAAUUUGCCACUCAAAAUGAAGUGCUGGUCUGUGAGAAUGUCAACCCUGGAAAGCUCAUUGAGACGGUUAGCGCUACGGAUAAGGACGAAAUGGCCCACCGCCAGCACUUCCACUUCAGCCUGGCCCCCGAGGUCGUCAACAACCACAGUUUCUCCCUCAAGGACAACAGAGACAGCACCGCUAGCAUCUUUGUGAUCCGGAAGGGCUUCAGCAGAAUGACCCAGGACAUCUACCACCUUCCCAUUGAGAUUAAUGACAAUGGCAUACCCCCAAUGAGCAGCACCAAUACCCUCAUAAUCCGCGUGUGUAGCUGCGACAGUAAAGACACCAUCCUCUCCUGCAACGUGGAGCCUUUCAUCCUGACGGCCGGGCUCAGCACCGGAGCUCUGAUUGCCAUCUUGGCUUGCAUUGUUAUUCUACUGGCCAUCGUGGUUCUGUUCGUGGCCCUGCGGCGGCAGAAGAAGGAGCCUUUGAUUGUAUUUGAGGAGGAAGACAUUCGGGAGAACAUCAUCACCUAUGAUGACGAAGGAGGCGGAGAGGAGGACACAGAGGCAUUUGACAUCGCCACCUUACAGAAUCCAGACGGUGCCAAUGGCUUUCUGCCUCGUAAGGACAUGAAGCCCGAGCUGCAGUACGCAAUGCGGCCCGGCCUGAGGCCCAUCGGCAACAGCGUGGAUGUGGAUGAUUUCAUCAAAACGCGCAUUUCCGAUGCGGACAAUGACCCCACAGCGCCCCCUUAUGACUCCAUUCAGAUCUAUGGUUAUGAAGGUAGAGGCUCCAUCGCCGGCUCUCUCAGCUCCUUGGAGUCAGUGACCACAGAUUCAGACCUGGACUAUGAUUACCUCCAAAGUUGGGGGCCACGCUUCAAGAAACUAGCCGAUCUUUACGGCACCAAAGACUCCGUCGAUGACAACUCUUAACGUUCGCUCAAAUAAGUCCUUUUUUUUUCAUCUCCCUCCCACUAACUGUGUGUUUUGUGAAGUUUACUAUAAGUAUUCCAUGAAUUUAUCACUUUAUAGUAAACUUUAGGUUGUUUGUAAGUAUACGCGUGGUAUACUAGAUGGCUGGGAGAGUCAAUAGGUGCGAUCACAAUGUGCUAUGGGGAGCAAGAGGGGUAGAAAUAAAAAUUUUACAAAAAAAAAAUAAAUAAAUAAAUAAAAAGAAAGAUGAAAGGGACAAAUAGACACCUCUCUGGUGGACGUGUCUCUGUGGUGUGUAUGAAAUGAAGAAAUACGUGACCAUGUUGUUGUUUAAGAACUGAAGAACAUUACGUUUCACUUUUGAUGUUUGUAGGUUCCUGCAGAUUUGAGGUUGUGGAUGUGGAUCACAGAGAGACAUGGAUUUGUUGAUACUGUGAACGAGCUCAUGAAGAAAUAAUAAUAAAAAAACAAAAACAGUUGCCUUAUUAAGUAAUCUGGAGCGAUCGUCAGCAAAUUGAGACUUGUGUAACUUCUGUAGCGCCUCCAUAUUGUCUUUGGAGAUAAUGUCCAAACAGGUCCUCUUGAUUUAAUUCUGUUUUUUUUUACUUUUCUGUUUGUUUUUUAUAUAUAUAUAUAAAUAUAUAUCUGGAAGCCGAUGGAUCGAGCAAAAAUAGACUCUUCUAGUGUUUCUGUCAUCUAGAAAAAAAUGAAAAAGAAAAAAAAAAAAAUCACAAACCUUCUGCCCAAUUCCAUCUCGAACAAUCACAAAGAAAGACCUGUGAGCUCAAAAAACGCCUUAACUAAUGGACACUCUUGCAACGCAGUGCAUUUUUUUUGUAACUUGAAAGCUAUAUCCUAAAGCAAGCUAAAGUCCUUAUAACGUAUGUACAGUACAAUGUGCAAAAUAUGUCUCUUGAGGAUCAAUCUUACACCAAUCAGUUUAUGUAAAUCUUCCUCUCGCUCUCUUUUUUUCCAUUAUAAUGAUAUCAUUAUGAUUAUUAUUAUUAUUAUUAUUAUUAUGUUUUCCUUCAGUUCUCUUCAUUUCUCAUUCUCUUUAAUGGCUUAUGUUAUUCUCCUCGGAGAGAAAUAGCAGUCUGUCCUGUCGCAGUGAGAAAUGGCUAAUUUCUAUGUCGAUUUUAUGGUAACUAUUUGUACAAUUUUAAAAGUUCUUAUUUUAGUAUACAUACAAAUAUCAGUAUUUCAACAUGUAAGGAAAAUAUUACGGCAUCACACUUAUAUUUUAUGAACAUUGUACUGUUGCUUUAUUAUGUGCUUCAAUCUAAGAAGCAAAAAACUUUGAAAUAAAUGCUCUUUUUAUAAAAAUGA